AUGGGUACAUCAAGCCCUACCCCAUUGACAGCAACAAUUACUUCCAAUACAUGUACUUCUGGAUGGAAAGGCGUUACUGUACUUUAUCAUUGUAAUAAUUGUCCAGAUAUACCACCAUAUACACAAUAUACAUAUACUUAUACAGCUACUUCAAAUAGAACUCGUAUUGCAUUCGCUUUUCGUGAAGAUGAAGGUUGUUUUGCACUUGAUGCUGUGUCUGUACGAAGUAUAGCAGCACCGACUAUUGAAUUAAUUGCAAAUAAUGAUUUUGAAACUGGUACACUGUCAUCAUGGACUUAUUUUAAUCCGAACGGUGCAAUAAGUGCUGGUGCAGUUAAGCAAAACUCAGAUAGUUUUGAAUGUAUGAGUUAUACGUACCAAGCUCAAUCAGGAAGUUAUUUUUAUUAUGAUGGAGCAGUAGGAAAUUGUGAUUAUUUAAUUCAAAUGUUUUCAACAAUUGUUGGUCAAACAUAUACUAUUUCAUAUUGGCUCUACAAUCGAGACACUGUUUCAGCGAGUAGUGUUGAUGUGAUAAUUAGUAUCUAUAAAAAUUGA